UGCUUACAGUUAUUUGCCGCAAAAUUUUUUAGGCUGCUGCCAGUGUUGUAAUUUAUAAAGUUUAUAAGCAAUAGAUUUGAAUGAUAUUUUUGAAAUAGCUGCUCGAGAAAAAUGUCGAUAAAAUGCACGCUAAAUUAAACAACUUUAGGCGUCACUUGGAUGUUUUGUACACAGAUCUUCAUCAUCGUUGGGUGAACAUGGCUAAAGCGGAUCGUGAACUUAUCGGUCUGCACGAUGACAUGCUAAGCAGCAUGAAUAGUUUCAAUAAAUGUGUAAUCAAGUGUAACAUGCACAUCUAAACAGUCUCGAAACUUUGGUCGCCGACAUCGCCGAACCUCUGCAGCGCAAUGACUUCGUCACAAACACUAAUAAAGAUGGGAUUGUAGUUGAAAAUAUCUUGAAUGAACGUCCACACCGACGACCGAUAAUCCAACAAAUGGCGGACUCCAAGCAUAUAAUUCCAAUUGAUCAGUCGGCAGCGGUAGUGCGAGAUGUAGAGUCAACACAGUGUCCAGCCAGGCCGGUUUCGGAUAGUCUUUCGCUAUCAACGCGUUCGAGUUGGUUGAAUAAACCGGAUGCAGAAGUCCCAAAGUCCCCAUUACGUCCCCACAGCCCACUUCAGCACAGCCACAGGACACGGCCACUGUUUCCGCUAAAACAAAAACCAUGCUGCCUGUUUCACCACGUAAACGUAUCCUCGAGCCACCGAAAUGCGGAAGAACAACAUCCAGCAGUGAAAUCUAUCAUCAGAUCGUAAAGAACAUAGCCGCCUUUCCAGAGGGAAGUGUGAUAAAGGCUGAAAUGAUGCAUCUAAACAUAGCCGAAAAGUGUUUCUUUGUAGGCAUGUGGGGUGCGGAGCCGCUGCAAAAGUUAUUCGAGGGGAAAUUACUUCUUAAGGAGUUGGACCAGCUUCCCAACUUUGGGGAGAUAUUUGCGGUGUACGAUUGCCACGACGGGGUCAUUCCACGUGUCACAAUCAAUGAUUAUGCGGAUGAGGGUGGCUAUGAUGCCUAUUUGAUUGAUUUCGGCGAGCAUAUACACAUGACUGGCGACGAGAAUAUAUUUGCCCUACCAGAUGACAUACGGCUGCUGCCGGCGGAGGCCAUCAGAUGCUUCUUCAAAGAAGGCGAUGUCUCCCAUAUGACCGAGUUCCGAUUGACAAGAGUGGCCUUGCGUGUUUUGGAAAAAUGUGGUGGCGAUUUCCUACCCAGAUCAGUCAAAAGCAGAAAAGAACAAGGAAUCUGUGGGCAUUACGAUCCUAAGCUCAAUGGCUGCUUCAAGGGUAGACACUGUCGCUUGUUGCAUGAGUUAUUUGCACCUCAGGGCGUCACCAAGGACUUGGAGGUGGAAGACGCUCUGCCGGAAACCGAGUUUGAUGCGCCAUUCCCAAAAAAAUUUGGAAGCAUUGUGGAAAUGCAGUUUCAUUGUGGAUGGCUCUUCUCCUCUGGUAUGGAUCAAGAAUGAUGUCCUAGGGGCCAAGAGUCAGUUCAAGCAGAAACCGCAUAUGUUGGACAUACUCAACGUGGAGGAAGACGUGGUGCUGGUUUUGGAUUCGAUUCCUUGGCGACAAUGCCGAUCUGGCCGAGCAACUGAUGAAGCGCGGCUAUGCACAGCCCGAUGAGGAGGGUCGUAACCAUAUGAUUCGGAUCUUGAUCUGUAAACGUAUUUCCUUUUUUGUAAUACGAAGUAUAACAUAGUCAUUCAUAUAGCA